UGAGAGAGCUUCUUUGGAAUCAAACAGGUUGGGCGUUAUGGUAACCCAACCACGACGAGUACUGACACGGCAGACAUCAAUGCACAUGGAGAAAAAGAGUGAAAGUGAGCCUUGUGAUAUUAGUGAAAGCAUGUCACUGCCUGCUUUUAACUCCUCCACGUCUGUUACUAAUGAAUAUGUAGAGAACUGGCUGGAGAAAUCCCAUCAUGACCCUCCAUCCUAUCGAAAUGAGAAAAGUAAAAAAUUAGACAAAGUGACAGAAAACGGCAAAUGUGUUGAGUCUGAGAAGAAGCAUGGCUUGAUCACUGUGGAAGAAAAGGUGAAGUGUUUGGAGAAGACAUCAGAAACAUGCCAAACUUUUGAACCACCACCUGAGAAUCUUCUGGGGACAUCUGUCAAACUGAGAGCACAGUCUUUUGAAAACAAAUCAGCCGAGAAUACCACAGUCAGUCAGCAAACUCCUCAUAAUGAGACAACUACAGAAAAUACAGGCAAUCACAGGAGCUUAUUUCAGAAAAACACUGAAGACACAAAGCCUCUUUCAAAUGGCAUCUGUUCCCAAAUGAUUCCACCAAGUAGCAAAACCUCAACAGAAAAGCCAUUGGAUGGUGAAAUGGAAUAUAAAUCAACUCCAGUCAAAAUCGCAUUUCAGAAAGCUACACCUACCAAUACUCUUUCAAUGGAGCUACCACCACCUCCACCUGAGCUAUCAGACACUGAAUGCUGCAUGAGCGAUGCAUCAUCAGUGGCCAGCAGCUCAUUAUACAGAGACUCUUCCUUGAGCAGUGAAAGAACAGAUAAUCAUCCUUCAUCUAACAGUCCUACAUCAGACAAGGUCGUACCACCAACUGACAGCACAACGGAAAUAACAUCAGUUUACAAAGACGUUCCUCCCACGCUGAGGGAUGCACCAUCGCCAACAACUCCAUCUAUUAAAAGGGCCCCUUUAGUCAGUAAUCUGUCUCUUGAAAGGAAAAUGUCUCUCAGAAAGGCUGGACUGGAUAAAUACACUCUAAGUAGCGAUGUCCAUUCAGAGACAAGCCCAUUGUCUGCUCCCAUCAGCACUAUGGGUGAUGCUGUGCUGCCAAAUGGCAUCUGUUUAACCAGGACUCAACAAUCAAUCAAAGCAGCACCAGAAGACACCCAGCAAUCAAUCUCAGAUCCGAUGGGCAGUCCAUCAUGCUGUACUUCUGUGUCACCAGCAAGUUCAACAUCUGAAGACCGAGCGCCAUCACCCAGUGUUUUAUCAAGUGAGGGUUCAAUGCGAAAAAAUCUCCACAUUAAAGACACAAAAACAUCAUCUUUAGUGCAAAAAGAGGCAUCAUCACCCAAAAGCUUAGUGAAAAAAGCAAAACUACAAAGUAGCCCUUCUCCAGAGAGGAAAUUCCAAAUGAAGAAAUCCUCCUUAGAACUUCCAAGUAACCCUCCAAAAUCAUUGUCACAACACAUCCGUCUUCCAGAGAAAAAUGCAUCUCCAAAUAUUGAAAUACAAAAACAUGCAGCCCCAAAUGCCGGCACUCCCACCGAAAGAAAGCAGAAGCUAUACAAACCAAAACUGCAAAAAAGAUCCUCUCCAUAUUCUCAGUCUCUGGACAUGGUGUCACCACCUGGCAAAAACAAAUCAAGCAGGAAGUCGCUCUCCAUAAAUCUCUCCUCAGAUAAUCCAUCAGAAUCAACAAACAGGACACAAAAGAAAACAUCUCAAAGGAAACGUCACCAAACGCCACAGUCAGUAAAAUCACAACCUGAACCGGACAAAACACCAACUGGUGGUGCUCUGUUACCACCGGCAGCAGAUCAGAGAGAUGAAAAUAAGGCAGAUCAAGAGAAAUCUUUGAUGGGCGUUCAAAUAAUACCACAGCCAUUAAACACCACAGACCAGCCAAACAUGAAACCAGUUCUGGAGAAGAUUUGCUUCUCAAUCAAGUCAAUCAGACAAAUAACCCAGAACAAACGUCCGUCAUGUCUGGAAAAGUCCAACAGCUUGCCUGACUUCUCCUCUCAUGUGGCGUCUGCAUUUGGCUCCUCAUCUAAAGCUCUUCUUGCUUUCCUGUCCGUCAUGACCCUAAAGGAAGGCAUAACUAACCUAAAUAUGGAUGAACUGAAUGCAAACAAUGUCAGCUGUGCAGAGGCUUUAAAAAUGAUCGACUCUCUCAGAGAAAUUGCCAGCAUUGAAGACUCACACAAACUGCAAACUAGCUUGUCAAAUCUGCAACAUUCAGCGUCGAAACAGCUCCUGCAGAGUUGGAAGGGCUUUCAGGAACUAAGCGACAAAUGCAAAAGUCGUGGGUCGAUGCCGGAGAGCUUAGAAAUUAGAACCGAGGAUGGUCCAGAGCAAGACUGUGGCAGUGAAGAAAGUGCUAUCAAUGAGAUCAUGGGUAGUCUUGACAUACCUGAGAAGCUUAAGAAGGAACUGGCUUCGUUUAGAGUCGAAUCAAAGAGUGACAAUGAAGAAAAGAUUAUUGAGAGAGUGGAGAUGCCAACGAAUGACAAUGCAAACCAUUUUCCCAACGAAGACUGUGUUAAUGUUACUCAAGAACACGAAGCUAAUGUUGAUGUGAGAUCCAUCAUUAAAAAAUUCACAGACAUUAACCAGAAAAAACAAUCUGGAAUGGACAAUACUCACCAGAUAACAGAGACAGCAAAACACAAACCAACCAACCAGGCAACUAAAGACAACAACAGCCAACAUGGGCAGAAUGGUGAGACCAGAUAUCCACCAGCUAAACCCAAUUAUCAACAGAUUUCUGAAGAAAGGCAGCGUUACAGUGCAGCCCUGUUUGUACAAGAGAACGGGUUGGACUGGCAGUCAUGUAUUGAUGCAGUACAUCAAGAACAUCAAGAAGAGAAUGAAGACAACUCAACUGAAGACAGGGCAAAUCUUGAAAAAGAGCCAGAGGAACAAGAUGUAGAAUGUAGGCAGCUACAGACGGACAGCGAGGAAAGCAUGAGAAUCCCCGAGAAUGAGUCAGAGCAUGAUAAUAAAUCAGGUUCAGAGGGAAGACAAGACAUACCAAGUGCCAAUAAAGAUUUAGCACAAAAAGACAGCUGUGAGCAAACUGUGUCCAGUUCAGAGGCAGGUGAGCAGCAGAAUUCAGAAGAGGAAGAGCGAGAAGUUGCAUGCGAGGAGAUAAAACCGGACAAUAGUGAAAUCGAAGACUUGUCCAACCCUGAAAGUCACUCUGACGAGGAAGAGGACAAGAUGUCGAGUUCCAACUAUGUGGAACUGAAUGCAAGAGAGAAAGAAAGCAGUCCUGAGAGUGAAAAUCAGUCAGAGGAAGAGCAAUCACAGGUCGAAUGUAAGGAGCUGAGCAACAAAGAUGACUCAUCUAAACCUGCAUGCCUGUCCAGAUCAGAGAAAAAACAGCGGAGUCAAACACGCAGCAUGGGAUUGAAUGUCAGCAUUGAGGAAAGCACCGGAAACUCAGAUGAGUCAUCUUCAGAGGAAGAGCAGCCUGAGGUUGAUUUUAAGGAGCUGCAGGUUAUUGUUGAAGAAAGUCUGUCUGGCAUUGAGGAUGAGGAGGACGAUGACAUAGUCCACCUUCAUAAUCCUCCAAAGGAUGGGGUGAAAACAAAAACAUUCAGAGGGUUAAACGCUUUGAUAGAAGAGCCAGAGGAAGACAGAGAUAGCUCAGAAGAUGAGAACCUUCACAGUAAUCAAACACAAACUUGUGACAAGAAUUCAGUCGGCAGAGAGCUGAGCAAUUUGAUAGAAAACCAGGAUUCAUAUACAAAAAAUGGCAGCUUCAUUAAGUUUGACAGUUUAGAAAAACAUUUUAGAUUCAGUGCAGAUGAUGAUAGUGGGAAUGAUCACAGCGGCUGUGACGAUCAUGUAGAAGAAGAGCAACCAAAUGUCAACGAAGAACAUAUCAACAGCUCAAUGGAAGAAGAAUUAAGCUACUAUGAUAAAGAGUCCAGCUCAGAGGAGGAACAAGUCAACAUGGAGAGCUACAUAGAAGAAAGCUGUGUACAGUAUCACCAAGUUCCUGCAUGGGAGACACAACCUGAAGCUACAAAAUGUGAAAAGGCUGUGGAAAAGCUCAAGCAUCACUCUGAAGAGGUAAUAUCCCAGUCUGUCGCAGAGAGAAUAAGUCUUCUACAAAAGCAUGUGGCAGAUGCUCAGAAACUAAAAGAUAGGACAGAAAGUUCUCCCAUAAGACGUUUCUCACAAAGAAACGUCCCUGUUGAGUCGGAUGAGGAGGAUUCGCCCUUCGAUUCCCCCACAUCUCAGCUCACUCUCUGCACCCGAUCAGCUCCACAGUCUUCACUUUCUUUCAGUUACGACUCCAGUGGUGUUAUAACCACAGAGCCUGAAGGCAACAGGGUCAGAUCCAUCAGGGAAAUGUUCUUGGCAAAAAGCACCCCAGACGUCCAGGAGAGGCGGUUCCCGAGCCAACACGAGUUAAGAGCCGAGACGUCGGUCAGCGGCGGCUAUCAGUCUCAGACUUCGAGUGAGCUGUCCAGUGGUGAAGAUGAUUCGGCACGGAAAUCGAUCACUAAAGGCUUCGUGAGGAGAACAAUCGAAAGGCUUUAUGGCAGGAAAGAUGCUCAACCCGAUGAGGAAGCAGGUGAAAGACUCCCGCCAGAGCCAAAGCAGAAAAGAAAAGAACAUUUGAACAUUUUCUCUCCUUUUCACACAGCUCGGGCGAAAGCAAUGUCCGAAUUAUCUUACUUUAGCUCUACCAAUGCUCUGGACACCUUGAGUGAAGCGACGAGAUGCAUUGCUUUCAACGCACAAGUCGGGCCUGGAGACGGCGUUCCUCUGGAUGACGGACAGUGGCUCCUCAGAGACAACACGUUGAUCAGGAAGUCCGUUUCAGAUCCAAUUGGAAUUAACAAAACCUUUACAAAUGCUCCUAAAGACGUAUGUAAGGACACAGAGGAGGACACUCCAUAUUCUCUCUUCAGCACAAAGUCUGAACUGGAAGAGAAAAACAAGCCAAUAAUAACUAGGAAGUGCACCUACUUUUCUUUACCUCAUGCUAGUGCUAGCGAGUCAGACGCAUGUCAGGAUGACGUUAGCAUGGUGAGCAAGAGCAGCGCCAAUGGCAGCGACGGCAUCAUCGAGGUCAAGGACGACUCUGAGGACACCAAAUCAUGCGCAGAGAGGAACGGCAUGCUGCCUGGUGUUGGUGAUUUUAAGAUCAAGGACAACAAAGUUCACCCGCUGACCGAGCCUCCACCCGACGAGGUUGUGGUGGUGCAGCCGGGGAAAGGUUACGGUGUUGUUAACAGGAGGUACCAGGAACCUGAUAUGUUGGACAUUCUGUAUAAUUUUUGUGGUGAACAUUGCCCCAUCUUAUGAGGGCUUUCAUUUUACUCAAAUCAUCAUCACAAACACAGAUUCAAGAACUUUUUUCAUCUAAAUUCUGUUGGGCGACAGUUGAAUAUUUUCUCUUUGGUGCCUACAUUUUGAUGUUGCCAUAGUCUUGGCGUGACACAGUAACAAAUGUCAACUCACUUGAGCUAACUGUUGAAUGUGUCGCAGAUGCACAAGCCAACGGGUUAACGCUUAUUCAGCCGCCACGUGUUUAUAAAGAGAUAACAUUUGUCGGUUUUAUGCCACGUGUUCGGCGUAAAGAUCAACCAUGCACAGUCUAGAGCAGCUCUUCUCCUCUUGCAGGUUGCCUGUCAACAAAACAAGUAGCCAGAGCAUUACUGUAAUCUCAUCUUAAAACUCUUUAAACAGAUCAAGUUCCCGCAGAUGUCACUGAGUGAACGGGUCAGCUUGUUGUUUGACUUCACAUCACGAUGGUGCUGUUUUCUAAAGCACUCAAAAAGCAGCUCACUAUCAAACAGGUUGUCUGCAGAUGGUAGAAUACUAAUGUUGUAUAUUGGUUGUCUAUAAUGUAAAUAAGACUUUUUUUGAUUUUCACUAAGUAAUCUUCAUACAAAUUUAGAUGAGCUUCAUCAUUAGGAUAAUCUGUUUAAUGGUUUACAAUGUGGCAGCUGUGACAUUUUGUCUUUUUAAAUUGAUGUGUAAGAAUA